GCUGUACACUAUACAACAUCACUCCCGAGAGCUCUAUUCCUGUUCUUUGCUCUGGACUCUGGACUGGGAGUUUCAGUUUGUAAACUUCCGGCCAAAUUCAGCCGUUACUGUGGGAGAAUUGCUCCGCCUAGAUCUGUUUCUUUACACUCCAGGGACAAUGGGGUUUAUUUCCCGAAAGAUUUUCCCAGCAUGUGGAAAUAUGUGUGUCUGCUGCCCUGCUCUGAGGUCAAGGUCGAGACAACCUGUCAAGCGGUACAAGAAACUGCUCGCCGAUGCUUUCCCGAAAUCUGCUGAUAGCCCUCCGAAUGACAGGAAAAUUGCUAAAUUAUGUGAAUAUGCAGCGAAAAAUCCUGGCAGAAUUCCAAAGAUCACGAUGUAUCUUGAAGAACGGUGUUACAAGGAACUCCGGAGCCAGCAUGUGAAACUUGUUGAGAUCAUUGCUGAAACUUAUAAUAAGUUGCUGAGUACCUGUAGGGACCAAAUGGCAUAUUUUGCUGUUGGCUUACUGAAUGUAGUUGUUAAACUACUUGAAGAGUCAGAAAAAGAUGCUUUCCGGAUAAUUGGCUUACAGAUGCUGACUCAGUUUAUUUACAGUCAGAAAGAUGGAACGUACACGUACAAUUUGGAAAGCUUGGUUAGAAAAGUUUGUACUUUAGCUCUAGAGAAAGGUCAAGAGCAUGAAAAACUCUGCUUAAGGUCAUCAAGCUUGCAGUGCCUUUCAGCCAUGGUGUGGUUUAUGGAGGAGUUUUCUCAUAUUUUUGAUGAUUUUGACCAGAUCAUUCAUGCAACUAUAGAGAACUAUGAACCCAGUCGGCGUCAUGGGAAUGGCGGAGAACGGGAGGUGUGCCAUCAUUGGGUGGAUGAAGUGGUUAGAUGUGAAGGAAGAGGAAUUGGUGAUUUUAGCCCUGGCCGCAUCAAUAUUAGACCUCGGCCGGAGAGGAAAGAUCCUUCUCAGUUAACAAGAGAUGAGCUCGAGAAUCCAAAUGUUUGGGCACAGAUAUGCAUACAGAGGAUAGUGGAUCUGGCAAAAGAGAGUACAACCAUGCGCCGAGUUUUGGAUCCAAUGUUUGUCUACUUUGACAAGGGCAGACACUGGGUUCCGCCUCAUGGUUUAGCUCCAGUAGUUUUGUCAGACAUGUGCUACUUCAUGGAAAAUUCUGGGAACCAGUUGGUAGUGUUAGCUGCUGUAGUUCGCCAUCUUGAUCGCAAAAACAUCAUCCAUGAUCCUGAAAUUAAAUCAUUUGUUAUUAAAACUGCUACCUAUUUGGCUCGACAAAUUAGAAGUGGAUCUGUACUUUCUGGGAUAGGAUUUGUCAGUGAUCUCUGCAAACACUUGCGUAAAAGUCUUCAAGCUACUUUUGGAUCAGUUGGGGAACAAGAAUCGGACAUGAAUGUCAGACUUCAGACCUCCUUGGAGGAUUUACUGCUGGAAAUUGCUAAAGGGAUAAGUGAUGCCCGGCCACUAUUUGACAUCAUGGCCAUGUUGCUGGAGGAAAUUUCAAGUGUUAAAGCUGUUGCCAAGGCUACCAUAGGAUCGUUGGUCAUUCUUGCUCACAUGAUAUCUCUAGCUGCUGUCUCUUCCCAGUCACAGCAGGUAUUCCCAGAGACUCUGCUUGUUCAAUUAUUGAUGUUGAUGUUACAUCCUGAUGUUGAAGUGCGCCUCGGAGGGCAUCAUAUAUUCUCCGUGCUUUUGAUUCCAAGUCGAUACCAUACAAGACAAGAGGUGUCUAAUUAUGCAAAGAGAUGGCACUCUGGCAGUACAUCCACAUUUGACUCUGUUGCAGCAUUACUUGAGAAGCUCAGGAGAGAAAAAGGUGAUGCUAGAAACGGAAUUAAGAUUGAAGAUGAGUUCAAGGAAAGAGACAUUGAAGAUGAACUUCAUCAGGGAAGGGCCCGAAAAAAUUCUCCCAAUUUCAACAAAAUUAGUUCAUUUAUUGACAAGACCGUUGGAUCACCAAGCUUGACUGAGACAGAAACGUCUGUUCUAAGGUUUGAUGAUGACCAGAUUGCCCAAGUGUUGACUGCAUUUUGGAUGCAAGCGAACCUUCCUGAUAAUGGACCUGCAAAUAUUGAAGCAAUAUCUCAUUCUUUCUGCUUAACACUAAUUUCUUCACUCAAGAACACACAGUGUAACCUAAUUGUGCGGUUCUUUCACGUUCCUCUUUCACUUUUGAAAGUGUCCUUGGAUCUUGACAAUGGGUCUUUUUCUCCUGCAUACCAGAGAUCGCUUCUUGUCCUAUCAGUUGCAAUGUUAAUGUUUACCGCCAGGAUUUAUCACAUCUCUGAUUUGGUCAAUAUACUCAAGUCUUUGAUCGAGCAUGAUGUUGAUCCGUAUAUUGGCAUCAGUGAUGAUUUUCAAGUUUAUGUGAAACCUCAAGCAAAUGUCAGAGAAUAUGGCUCUCCCACAGAAAACCAGGCUGCUGCUAUCCUGUUAUCCCAGUUACAUGGCAAGAUGAAAGAAUAUGGGAAAGUCAUGGUGGAUAUUCUUGUGGAAAACCUAUCCAACAUUACCCAGAUGAAGGCGGAUGAUCUUGUUAAUGAGCUAUCAGAAAGAUUCGCACCAGAUGAUACAUUAAUGUUUGGCCUUCAAUCAAUUCCUUACUUCAACAACGGCCAGAUGGUUUCAUGCUCCAAGGAAUCUCCUUCAUUUGAUGGGGAGCUUCCUAAAAAUUUGUUUGUUGACGAUGACGUGGCAAGUGAAUCCUCUGUUGCUGACCUCUCACACUUCAUACCCAAAAUGCCCAUGUCUCCGUGCCCUUCCAUGUCUCAUGUUGUUAGCAUUGGCCAACUUCUGGAAUCAGCCCUUGAGGUUGCCGGACAAGUUGCUGGAACAUCUGUUUCAACUUCUCCACUUCCCUAUAGUGCCAUGGCUAGUCAGUGUGAAGCUCUUGGUACUGACACAAGGAAGAAACUCUCAAAUUGGUUGACUCACGAGAAAAAUCAAAGGAAGGCAGUUCCCCUGCUUCCAGCAAAUCCUUCUCAUGGGAUCUCUGCAUUGAGGAAGAUAACUUGUGAAGAUGGGCCAGCUUUCAGUUCAGAAAUGUCAAAGGAAUCAUCAUGGUUGGCUCUUAGGCUUCCCCCAGCCAGUCCUUUUGAUAACUUCCUUAGAGCUGCUCGUGGUUAGAGCUUGUUGUAGCUUGAUCUUUUAACUUAAGCAGUACUAAAAUGCUUGUAUAUAGAGUUAGGUCAGCAUUUGUGUUAGCUAAUCAUUCUGUAUGUUGGAAGGAUUUGUAUCCCUGAUGAUGAAUAUAUCUUAGUAUGGUCAUUGUAAUUUAGCCAGUUGCUCAGUGUUCCAUCUUUGUCUUUAAGACUUGUCACCAAGAACUUGCUCUCUUAAAUCAUCUUCUAAUGUAGGAUUGUUUAUUUCACAUCUUUGAGUUAUCUUAUCUUGCAUUGGGCGUAUGCAUUGAAAUGCUUGCCUUAGGGCUGUGAGACACACGGUGGUUGCAUUUUUUUCCAACUGGUG